AGAGAACUGGGCAGUUUCUAGAAGCAACAAUUCCCGUGCUUUUGCUUCAGCUUUGAACAUUGAAAGGACAAUAUGACCAAACAAGUAACUGAAACUAUUUCAACCGGAAUUAGCUCAAACCUUUCUUUACAUAGGCAAAAAUAAUCUAGGAGCAUAACAGAUUACACGCCAAAAAAAAAAAUUAAGAACACUCUCAAGAACACUGGAGGCCUCCUGCGGUCCUUCCCUGCACUGUAGAUCCUCCGCAGGUCUACCAGGGCCACCCGGUGCCCUCUAGCUCCCCCGGAAACCUCCCAGUGACCCCCAGUUUCCUCUAGGAUCCCCUAGAGGCCUCCCAGGGUACUCUAGGGUGCCCUACGAGCAAUCUCUUGAAUAAGAUAGAUAGGUUACCAUUAGGGUCGUUUGGAAAGAGAGAAGGCGCAGAGUCCUGUUGUGUGUGGGGUUGUGUAAAGGCUCCCCAAGGGACUUCACGUGUACCCAAAGGCUUCUGUUGGCAGCACUUUUUGAUGGGAGAAAGUGGCGCCGUACAUGUUUUCUAGGGUCCUAAUUAGGGUUCGGCUCAGUGUUCCAGUUAGGGUUACGUUUAGGGUUGUUUGGCAAGAGAGAAGGCGCAGAGUCCUGUUGCGUGUGGGGUUGCGUAAAGGCUCCCCAAGGGACUUCAGGUGUACCCAAAGGCUUCCGUUGGGAGCACUUUUUGAGGGGAGAAAUUGGCGCCAUACUUGUUUUUUAGGGUCCUAAUUAAGGUUAGGGUUUACGAUUAUGUAAAGGGUAAUAUCUGGGUAAAUAUGACAACCCUCACCCCUCCCCACCUACCCCCAAAUGUACAGCUCCUGCAGGACGUACGUGCAGGAGGAGCAGGCAAAGAAAGGCUAAUUUAAUUAAGUUCUACUUUGGGCACCGUGUUCCUUCUUCAGCCUCGAUUUUGUGGCUAGAACUGAGUCUUAUCGCGUCAGGCCGAUACAACAAUUUAUCAAUUUCAGCAAUCCCUUCAGCCUGCUAUGUUACAUAUAUUCUGUUUUAUACUCGUUGUUUCAAAGAGAAGAGAGAAGCCACAAAAAGCACGAUGUCUGGUAAGGUUGAGUCAAUCUUCAACGUUGACCCUCGUGGAAGGGGACAGGCAGGGCUCCGCAGUGUGCUGAAGGGUGUUCCCCGGGGCUAUGGGACACGCUGGAUGGCAAGAGACACGAGAGCAAACGGGGGCCUCGGCAUACCCUGAGAGGAGCCUGGUGCCCCUGUGCCACCUGCAGGGGACACCCGGCCCUCCCUGGCUCGGCAGCGGGUCACAGCAGGGCCCUUUGUGACAUGGUCUGGGCACACCCCACUGCUCCGUAUCAAAGCCAGAGCAGCCAGCCCCGGCCACCCAGUGUCCGGCAUGGCUGUGACGGGACAGGGCAGGAGCAUGAGGCUGCAGAGCAGUCCCCGAGCAUAGCCCGCGUCUUCAAGCAGCGCCGAGCCAUUUCCCCGAGAUUGCCUCUUCUCUACUACCCUCACCCCGCAGGAUGAAGGAGAGACGAUCCCCCAGACGCCCCAGGCCGGCCUGGGUGGAGGCCAGGGCUCCUCAGGGGAAAAGAUCUCCAGAUGAACAGCAUGAGGAGCGCACCAUGGAGCUGAUGAUGAACGAAGCUGGCAGGUUAGCUGUCUACAAAAGAGAAGAGGAGAGCGUGUACUUCAUUCUGUUGUUUGUCAGCAGCACACAACAGGAUGAAGACCUGAAGAUGCAGUUCCUAAGGAGCAUCAGCAACCUGUGCAGAACUGCCAAAGACAGGGGCCUGUGGCGCGGCCUCAGUGUCUUCUGCAACAAAUAUGAGCUGGCAGAGCAUAUUAAGGUGCUGCUGGAAGAGGAGCCCUUGGAACAUCUGCGCACAGAGGUGCGGCAGCAGGCCAUGCUCGCACUCGGCAACUUGAGCUAUGUAAAGUCAGUGCUGGAUGGCAAGAAGAACAGCAUCAUGUAUGUGUGCUUCAAUAGCGUCUUCUUGCUUCCUUCACAAGAGGAUAUGAAGGGCCCGAACCUUAUGCGCUACUUCAAGACCCUGGACGCCAUGGACCACAUGCUGAAGUUGUUCAUAAAAAAUUCUCCCAUCACCGGCUUCUGGGAGCUGCAGAACAUCUUGCAGAUUCUGCUGCCCUUUGCCAACUCCCACAGCGAAGCUAUUUGCGAGAGGGCUGUGGGGAGGAUCACGAAGCUGACCAGCUGGCUAGCCGCAAGCUUCUCACCGCAGAUCCACAGCAUCUCUGGAGGACACAAGGACAGAUACACAGAGUGCAAUAUGCCAGUCCUGGGACAGUUGGUGGGACGGCUCCUCCUUUGCCACACUUGCAAGAACUGGCAGCUAAGAUGGGAGGCUUUGGAUGCUCUUCAUUACCUCUUCCGAUUCAUCCAGAAAAACAGAAGCACAGCACCAGAAGAUACUCAAGAGCCUCAAGAAGAAGCCGAGGCCGUGUUCUGGCUUCCUUCACCCACUACCACUGACAUUGCCAUGAACUUCGGACAAUACCUCCGGCCGUCUCAGAGGACAGACGUCAUCCUCAUGGUCAUUGAAGCCCUGAGAGACUCCAGCAUAUAUGACAAGCAGGAGGCCAGCAGUGUGUUGGACAUGGCCAUCCAAGACUCUGCCUCCUGGCUGACCGAUGUGCCGAAGAUCAUGAGAUGCAUCUACGGAAGUGUGGAGUGCAUCAGCACGGCAUCAGCCCGGCAGAGUCUGGACAUACUCAUCCUCUGGCUGACCAACCAGUGGCCAAAGAAGGUGGUCAGGAGCCUGCUGAAGAUCUCGCCAUCAUCUGACAGCGCUGCCCUGGCCAUGUGGGAAGCAAUGUUUUCCCAGAACCAGACUAUGGAAAAGGUCCUGAGGGAGAUACUUGACGUGCUCCAGGACCAGCAGCUGCGCAGGCUCUCUGGCUUCGUCACAGAUGACAACUGCAUCCGUCACUUGGCGCUGCUGGCCCACGCAGACGUUGGACAAGACGACUUGGAUGCCAUGUACCAUCUCCAGAGGCUCUUGAAGCGUCCCAGCCUAGUGAUGCACUCACUGGCGCUCCGCGUUCUCCUCCCAGUGUCAGAGAGACCUGUAAUGGCAAGACAAAUUCCAGUCCUGCUGCCAGGCAUCAUGGAGGGCCUGCAGGCUGCCAAGGCUGACACCAAGAUGAAGGCCCUGCUUCUCAUCGGAAACGUGAUGGGUCAUGUGAAGAGGAAGCAGGCCAGCUCCAUCGCUCUGCAAGUGGCUGGGGAGAUCCUGCCACUGUUCAAUGACGAGUGCAGCCAGGUGCAAGAGCUCUCCAUCUGCCUCUACAACAAAGUGAUGCAGGUUGUGUUAUGGUGCCACAAGAGACAGAUGAAGAAGAUCGUGCGGAGGGGCCUGCUCCCACUCUUUUUUCACCUGAGUGACCAGACCCAGAGCGUGGCCAAGGCCUCCGUGGAAGCCCUUGUCACCGCUGCAGCGUUCCUGAAGCGGGAAGAGCUCAAGCGCCUGGCCCAGACAGAGCAGACCUGGAGGAUCGCAGAGUGCUUGCUCGUGCAGGACAAGAGAAUGGUGGAGGAAUACCUGCAGCAGAGCCUGCCGUACCUGCAGCACACUCAGGUCACCUUGCGGGAGGCAGCCGUGAGGUUCAUCGGCCUUGCCGCGCAGCACUGCAAGGACCAGAGCGAGAGGAAGAUCCACGAAAUCUGCAGCGUCCUCCAGCCCUUGCAGAACGACGAGGAGCUCUCUGUUGUCUCUCUGACAACUCAGACCAUCUUCAUCCUGAGAUGUCCAAGGAUGCAGCCAACAUCAAGAUGGUGCUUGUGGGCACUGUGCUGCUGGCCCUCCUAAACCAGGGGGAGGCAGAAACCUACAAACGCCUGCAUUCAAUUAAAACUCCAACAACAUGUGCAGUGCCAUGAUAUUCUUUGCAUGGUGUGCUGAGCAUUCCAGCCUCUACCGUGGUGGGCAGCUGUAAGGGUUUUAGGUGCUGUGGUGGGGAAUGGGUUAGGAGUGGUGACUUGCGGAAAACGGACUCCACAAUCAAUAAGAUUGUAAAGUAGGUAUGUUUAUUCAAUGCUGGGCGGCACGGGGGGUAGUCCCGCCAAAGUUGUGCGCACCUGAUGUGGCGACUUGCCUUGGUUAUAUGCAGCAAAGAGUUACAUGUGCAUGAAGUUUCAC